GACUGCGGUCGCUCAUAUGACCCUGAUCGGUGGCAAACUUGGGGACUGCGGUCGCUCAAGUUUGGAAGUCUGGGGACUGCGGUUGCUUGGACCUAAACCACUCCUCCCCAAUCGUUUCGAGCUAAUUCGUAAAAUGAGCUCAUUACAAUCACUGUUUUCUCUUUAUAAGCAAAAGUGCGUCACGAAAUAUCAAGGAGGUAUCGCUAAAGUUACCAACGCGGAAGUUGAUAAGUGGGCUGAAGAAUCGGGAGAACCUUCAGUCCGCAGAUCGCCUCGACCAAUGAAACGCGUUAACUACGCUGAAGAUAAUUCAGACGAAGAGAGGAAGAUGAGGAGAGUAAAUAGUACUGCUCAUUCGCAAUCGACGGAAUCUCCACAACCUAGAACCCCACCGCAAGCUCCUCGGGUUUUAACUCCAUUGAAAACAACACCGAAUAAGCGACCGCGGAAUAAAGAGGAAAUUCAGCGAUAUUCCGAAGAUAUCUCUAUUAUAUGUGCUUUUGAUAAAUCUGUUUCGGAGUUGACCUUAGAAAUCGGCGAGGAGCUUGUCAUUGAGCUAUCCUCUAUUCGUGACAUCAAUCCUGCUGUGUGGUCGGAUGCUCUGGAAAAAUACGUUGAUACUUCUCUUAAAGAAACUGGAAAAAAAUUCAAAACUGCAAUUCAGGUUGAAGUUCUGAAUGAACCAUUUCGGUUAUAUUGCGAAAAAGUUCUUCUUGAUUUUUAUAAUCUUGUUGAUGUAAACUCUACAAUGGACCGAAAUAUAGGCGAACGGAAAUUUAUUACAUAUCAAAUCUCAUCGAUUUUAAAAUUUUAUGAGAGGACGUUUUUGAAUCUUAACUUCGAUUGGAUUGAAAGCCAUGCAUCUUCGGCAAAAAUAACAAAAUCCGCAACAAAUUCAGGCAUAGUUAAAGUAGAUUCAAAGGCAACUCGGUAUUCAGAUGGACAAGAAGUUUGGCAUAUGGAAGUGGCCGGUGGACCGUGCAAAACAACAGACUUACAUACCCUUGGUGAUACGAAAAAAACUAUGCGAAUGGAUGUUUUGAAUUUAAUUGGAAUUUUACGAAAUCACUUUGAUUGUGACAUAAAACUCGCCACUAAAAUCAAAGUGUUCUGUACUCAGGUGAUCGGUACACGAAUGACUCUCUAUGCAUUGAAUAUGCUCCCGGAUGGAAGAUUUCUUUCUACGGAACUUGCUACAGCUUUAAUCCCUUUCAGCUUCAAUGGUCGAAAUCAAUAUAAAGCUCUUCUCAGAAUGAUGGCUAUCUUUCAUGAUGAGAUAACAAAACAAGAAGAACUAAUGGGCGAGAUUGAACGAUCUGUACUUCGAUCUAAAGGAACAACAGUUCGUCAUGUAUUAAAGAUUCCCGAUGAAUUGUUUAAGUGA